UUUUUUUUUAAGUGUUCGGGGUCUUACCUUAAGCGCUACACCAUCUUCAUCAGUCGUGGUAUCGGUGGGCAACAGGUUCAUUUGAAAUACACGCUCUUAUAGUGUUCACGACACAGCAGAUAAAAGAUCAUUCAGAAUAUGAGAAGGAUCAUGUUAUGCAUCUAUACACAUAACAUGAUUCACCCGUCAUCCUAAACUGUUAAUCAUAACUACUAACAUUGGUCGCUGCAUUUUUUUUUUUUAAUCAGGCGUCAGUGGUAUCUUCACUGAAUCAAGGAAAGAAAACCACAAACACGCGAUUCAAAAUGAUGUCCGUGGGGGUUUUGUUCGAGAAACCUUUAGAGGUCGUGACUUUUCGGUAGUCUGUAGCUACUAGCUUCGUGGAGAGCCACUUGACGUUUCCAAAAGAGUAAUCAGAGGUUUUGACUCAUCCCGUUAAACACUAAAUGCACUGACAUGAAUAUGACAUGAACUGAGCUCGCGGGUAAUUGACUCUGCUUUAUAUAAACUUACUAAACCUGAAAGUUUCGUCGGAUGACAUCGUGAAAACUACCAUUUAUACUUAUAUUAAACAGGUAUUGCACUCCGUUUAACAUCUUUUGUCAACUUACGUAGAGCUGAAGAGUAGCAUGCAUUUCUGCUAUCGCUAAUGUGCAAAAAUGAAAGUCAAUAAAACGCCGUAUUUUCUUUUUCUUUCAUUUGGGACCUAGAUAGGAUUCCGUUUAAGUUGCCGUCAGUUGAAAAUAACGUGACUAAAAUGAGAAAUAGCUGCAACAACACUAGCACCACAGCAGACAUACAAGAAAUAAACAGGAACCUAUCUAAGGACAACGAAGGGAAAUCAUUCUUUAAAUAGGCUGACUGUUUUUUUUGUUCCAUAAGCAGAGUGGGGUCGGAUGGAGUUUCACACUGUGGCGGGGUGCAAUGUAUCAUUGCAAUGGUCACAUCUGCAAUAAUGACACCGUGAAAGGAUACGAUGUGCUCCCUCGGAAACUGGAGAGACACACGGCAGCUCGCUCAGGCCCAGCCAAGCAUGGAUCAGAACGAGAGCUACGAUUACUACUCAUACUAUAACGAGACAGACGAGUGCCAGGUGGAGCUAGGGGCGGUGCUGCCGCGCCUGCGCUCGGCCUUCUACUGCCUGGUCACGGUGGUGGGAGUGCCGGCGAACAUGGCCUUGCUGCUGGCACUGUGGGCCAGGCACCGGGGAGCUGGCAAGCUGGGCUCCUCGCUGCAGCGCCACUCCUGGACAAACAGCGAGAUUCUGGCUGCAAACCUGGCUGUUUCUGACCUGCUGUUCCUGGGUUCACUGCCGGUCUGGAUCUACACCGAUCUGAGCGGGGAGUGGAGGGGAGGGGUAGCUGGCUGUAAGGCAGUUCCCUACAUCACCGCCCUGAACAUGUACGUGGUUGUUUGGCUCGUGACCUUCAUGAGCAUCGACAGAUACCUGGCCAUAGUGUGCCAAAGCCUCUACCGCAGAGUGAAGCAGCGCCCCCUGGUGGUGUGGGGUUGUGCGCUGACCUGGCUGGCAUCUGCCCUGCUAGCACUGCCCGUCUUGCGCUCACGGAUGCUGGAGCUGGACGAGCAACAUGGCAUCUCCUACUGCCGAGAAAAGGAGAUUUCGCCGGAGAUUCGCCUCUGCCUGAUUCUGCUCACCUUCUUCCUCCCACUGUCUGUCACCGUUUUUUGCUACGGCUCCCUGGUCCGCGUGCUGUCCCAGCACUCUCAAGGCCUCACCCAUGAUCCCGCCCCUGGUCCUGGGCCCGCCCCACCGGGCCGCUCUGUACGGCGCUCCAUGCGGGUCGUGCUUUGGGUGGUCACGGCCUUCAUUCUCUCCUGGGUCCCUUUCAACAGCUUCCGCUUGCUGAUGGUUGUGGGCCGCAGUCUGACCCCUGGGAGUGAUGCUUCAUGCUGGCUGCAAUGGGUGGCGGCGCAGGGUAUAGAGUGGACAGCCCCCCUGGCCUUCGCGAAUAGCUGUGUAAACCCCCUGGUUUUUGGGGGUGUGAGCCAUACGCUACUGUGCUGGGGCCCGGCUGCCCGCCUUCUUGGCCUCAGGAGCCGAGUGGGGGGGCAGUCAGGGGCUAGCUCCCAUACCAGCCCCAGCUCCUGGGGAAGGGCGGAGUGAUAGAAGGUGAGAAAGGGUGGGAGAGGAGUGAGAGAGGGUGAGAAAGGAGUGAGAGAGGGUGGAAAGUGAAGAGAGAUAGUAGCAGAUUCUGAAAAGACAGAAGACAAAUAUGAAUAUUUUAUUUUCUUAUUUCAUUCUUUUUCAGUAAGUCGAAAGGGACCUGAAGUACAGCUGUUUUGCAACCUGCCCUUAUGUACAGAGCUGGUAGAAUAAAUAUUCCCCCACUGUAAAUAUGGAUGCUUUUUAUUCACAGAUUGACACUGAUAAACCCUCAGAGUGCAGCUCCUCAUCCAGUGACUGACCACAGCUACUCAGGCACUAAGCCCCCAUAGCUGUGACUCUCCCAUGGCUGUGACUCCCCAAUGGCUGUGACUCCGCCACAGCUAUAAUCCCUCCAGGGC